CAUACAUACGGUUUAUUCAUUUGCAAUCAGUCGUGUCGGGUAGACGCCAUGUGAAUAAAUAAAAAAGAUAAACAUGUGUGAUAAUAUUGAUAUCAGUGUAAAUACAUAAUGAUAGCAUUGUGAAUCAAAACGACGAAUUUAAAUUUUCCUCGUAGGUACAUCUAGAAUUUUUUGUAAACGAUACGAUAUCGUAUUCCAAGUUUAAAGUGACAAUAUUUUUUUUUUGAGUGGCGCUCCAAUAUGUUGGAAAUGUGACGGAGUUAUUUUAGAGCCAGAGACAAGCUUUAUUUUUAAAUCAAUUUAAAAUUGGAAGACUCAAAUUGAAGAUUGUUUUUUUCACAAAGGAUAAAACAUGGAGGUUUCUACAGCAAAGGCGAUUGCAAUGUUGACAUUAGGGUUAGGUAGUUUUGUUACUGGCAUGCUACCGGCCUGUUUUUCUGAGACAACCAGACAGAGGCACCCUUUGUUCAUAUCUUGCCUCCUUUGUUUCGGCGCUGGCGUACUUCUUGCUACUUCUUUAACCCACAUGCUGCCUGAAGCGCGGGAAGACUUACCAGAUUAUUCAGAAUUGCUUUUGUGCGUUGGGUUCUUUUUGGUGUACAUUGUGGACGAGAUUGUUCAUUUGUUUUACCAGCCUGAUAAUGGGCAUAGUCAAAGGAGGUCUUAUGGGAGUAGCGAAGAGACUGGACUGCUUUCUUCACAAAGGGAUGGUGAGAUGAGAGACCGGUGCUGUGGUGAUGCGGAUAAUCCAAGGAUGUGUCAUGUCAGUCACACGGAGCCUUGCAAUAAGAGCUCUUCAGGCGUGGUCGGGUUAUUGUGUGCAUUGUUUGUGCAUAGUUUUCUUGAGGGAUUGGCGAUAGGUCUUCAGAACAGCGCGUCACAGGUUCUACUCCUCCUCGGAGCGGUGUGUUCUCACAAGUUUGUCGUCGGCUUCUGUCUCGGCGCGGAACUAUGCGCCAGCGCACCGGGCCGGCUGUGCGCGCACAUCGUCAGCGUGGGCCUGUUUAGCGGCGGCUCGGUGGCUGGCAUCGGCGCCGGCGCAGGGUUGGACGCUGUCAACACGCUGAAGGAUUCUGUUGCAGUGCCUAUUAUGCAGGCUUUGGCGGCCGGUACCCUCUUAUACGUGACAGUGAGUGAGGUGCUUCCCCGCGAGAGGGCGCGCUGGCACGAGCGCAGGCGCAGCGCGGGAAUAGCGCAGUUCGUAGCCGUGGGCGUGGGAUUCGCGAUCAUGUACCUGCUUACUAAGUUCCUUGAUCAUGAUGCCUAGAGAUUUAAAAAAGUAAGUAAUAUAAUAAGAAUAUGUGAAGUCUUGUAAUGAUUUUACUAUGUAAGUAAGACUACCAUCUUUAUAGGUAUAAUAAUGAUGUUUUUUUAUGACAAUAAAACAACUUUUGCUA